AUGAAGCUGGUGCGCCUGCUCUGCCGCCACAAGACCCUGCUGGGGGGGCUCACCCUCUUCGCGGUGGUGCUGCUCUACCUGGCCAAGUGCACCUCGGAGGGCCUCAAGUCCUCCCCGGGCUGGGGGCUGCCCCACCAGCAGCAGCCCCCUGCCCGCCCAGGGGCCCUCGGGGGUCCUCACCCGCCUGCGGCCGCCCCUCCACCCCCUCCAGAGGAGGCCACCUUCCUGGCGGUGCUGGUGGUCAGUGGCCCCAAGUACACGGAGCGGCGGAGCAUCAUCCGGAGCACCUGGCUCUCGGUGGCCGGCCGGGUGCCCCGCAGCGACCUGUGGUGCCGCUUCGUGGUGGGCACCGGCGGGCUGACUGGAGAGGAGCUGCACAGCCUGGAGCUGGAGCAGAGCCGCCACCACGACCUCCUCCUCUUGCCCGACCUGCGGGACUCCUACGAGAACCUGACCGCCAAGGUCUUGGCCAUGUACGUCUGGCUGGACCAGCACCUGGACUUCCGCUUUGUCCUGAAGGCCGACGACGACACCUUUGUCCGCCUGGACGUCCUGGCCGAAGAGCUGCGGUCCAAGGAGCCGCGCCGCCUCUACUGGGGCUUCUUCUCGGGCCGCGGGCGGGUGAAGUCGGGGGGCAAGUGGAAGGAAAACGCCUGGCUCCUGUGUGACUUCUACCUGCCUUACGCCCUGGGCGGCGGGUACGUGAUCUCGGCCGACCUGGUGCACUACCUUCGCUUGAGCCAGGACUACCUCAACCUCUGGCAGAGCGAGGAUGUCUCCUUGGGUGCCUGGCUGGCUCCGGUGGACGUCAAGAGGAUUCACGACCCCCGCUUUGACACCGAGUACAAGUCGCGGGGUUGCAACAAUAAGUACAUUGUGACUCACAAGCAGAGCCUGGAGGACAUGCUGGAAAAACACCAGACUCUGGCCAAAGAGGGGAAGCUUUGUAAGGAGGAGGCGAAACUGAGACUCUCUUACGUGUACGACUGGAGCGUGCCUCCUUCCCAGUGCUGCCAGAGAAAAGACGGCAUACCCUGAACCCCAAGGCUGUGGAUGCAUUAAAAGUGUCCCGUUUUCAGAAGAGCAAUUCGGACACGAACCCCAAUGGAAUUAAAAAUUAAGGUGCUGCAAUCACGUCGUUCUCUGAACUGAAAUAGCAGCUUCUGUCGGUACCUUUUUUUAAAAAAUGGAACAUCCUUGGCUUGACGCCUCUGUUUCACUUGGAUAAUUUCUUGAAUGUCUUGUUGUUACAACAUUUCCCACUUCCUGAUUGCUACAGUCUGCUCUUUGAAUCGUCUUCCCUUUCAUUCAAAAGGGGGAUGUUUUAAUCUGUAAAAGGAGAACAGCUUCAUUUUGACUGAAAAUCCACGCUGCUUCGGCCCUGAGGGGAAUUAGAUGUUUUUAAAAUUAUGGCUGUUAACCUUUUUCAAAUAUACUGUUAAUGAUUAAAGCAGGAUGGUGUCCUUUUCUUAGGGACCAGCAUUGGAGCCACAACUCUGGAUUGUGAGGAGCUGAAAUGGGAGAUGACUAAAUUGGAUGCCUCCUUUGACCAAUUUCUUUAUUUUAAGAGAACUACAGGUUGCAAAUAAGGCUAGUCUCAUUUUCACACCUGGAUUGUUUGCAGCAGGCACCGUUUUGACAACUAGGGCUUAAUUCACCCAGAAUUUAUGCUCUGUCACUAACCUUUCUGGUGAUGGCGGUACAUAGCCUUCAGUCAAAAUCACCUCAAAAAUUGUGGGCACGAUGCCCAAGGUGUUAAUGGUUCUGGACCAAAGGAUUUUUGGAAAGAUCUUAUAGAUGGAUGGAAUUGCUGUCUUUUAGGGAUGAAUUGUGCCCAGUGGGAUGGAGGGACUCAUAAUUUUUAUAUUGUAGGGGGGUCCAUUAGCCAUGUUUGUUUUUCCUGGCAUCUACAAUAAUCCUCGCUCUAAAUAUUUACAUUUUUCUAUAGCUAUUUGAACUGCUUUUACCCCCAUGAAAGCUUAAAAAGAACCUUAGGGCUUAAUCUGCUUUUCAUUCAGAAAGCAGAGAAUCUGAGGUACACAUCUAAUUAUGCUUAGAUCAGAUCAAGAGGAAGUUGUGAUCCAAUCAUGCUUAUUAAGGAAAGAGUUGCUGAACUACUUUCCUAUGUUUUCCUGGUGGCCUCCGAUGCGAGUUCUAUCAAGAUUGAUCGUAAUUUGCUUUUUGAGAUCAAUUAAGGUGGAGCAUUAGCUGCUACUUUGUUACGGGGGCAAAGUUAGUUUGUUUUAACGAUGGACUGUUGCCCACGUUUCCUUUGAAAAUUAGUUACCAGAACAACUGAAAAUAUUUGUCCCUUCCAAGGGGAGUUAGUAUUGUAUGUAAAAUUAUGUGCUUAUAAUAGUGAUAAUUUAUUUAUAAAUACUGUAAAUGUACUGUGUAUAGUUUCAGGCCUGAGGAAAAUGGUUGAAUGUCAUAGUCAUUUUAAUUUAU